AUGGAAGACACCAAAACACCAACCCAAAUAACAAAGAACCCACCUUCUUCAUCAAUUUCGUCGACCCAGAUGGUAAAGGACCCUUCUUCAUCAAACCCUCCGACCCAGAACACGGUUGAGCUUGGUACGAGUCUUCAGUUGGAUUCAGUUCCUCCUUGGCCAGAGUUGGUGGCAUUUUGUGAGCGAAUGGAUGCAAUGGGGUUGAGAAAGUAUAUGAAUGAGACCUUGGAUAACCGAAAUACCAUCUGGGCCGAGCUCCUAGGAGCUAUACGAUACCCCAAGGUCUGUGGGAAUGAGGGAGAAGAAAUCGAAGGGGGGGGUUGGGAUGGGAAGCCAGUUGCAUACUAUUCUGAGAUGUUUAGUGGACCGAUAUUGAACUAUACGACUAAUGACAAGGAGCUGUAUGCAAUGCAUCAAGCAGUGAAGCAUUGGAGAGCUUACUUAUUGGGAAAAGAAAUCGUAGUUCACUCAGAUCAUAAACCUCUUCAAUUUUUAACUACACAGUCUAAGUUACAAAAAGCUCGCCAUUUGAAAUGGAUGUCUUACUUACAACAAUUCAAUAUUGUGAUAAAGUACAAGAAGGGGGCAACUAAUAAGUUAGCAGAUAUGUUAUCUAGACCACCCAUACUAGUGAGUUCUGCAUUGCUGGUAGCUAUGCAAAUCCAACCCAUUAUUCCUUCUAAAUAUGCCAAAUGGUACGACACAUAUGUUGAUUUCAACUCAGCCUAUGUCGAGUUGCAACAAGGAAAAACUAGUGAGUUCCAAUUGAAAGAUGGACUAAUGUACAAGGGAACACAAUUGUGCAUUCCAGAAGAUAAAGAUAGACUGCAGUUGAUUCGUGAGGCUCAUACUUCCAAAGUAGCAUGA